AUGGGCGACCACCGCCGGGUUCCCGGCUCGGAGGAGCCCUCGGAGGAAAAGACGGAACCCUUCUCUCAGACCGAGAUCGACCGCCGCCUGGGGAGCAUCCGCGUGGACGAGCCCUUCGACCUGCCCCAGGCCGACGUCGUGCCGCUCGACCAGCUGCGCGUCGAGGAGCAUCACCACCAGCAGGGCAUCCGCAUCCUCGUCAGACCCCUCACCCGCAACCGCUCCGUGAGCCCGGGCAACAUCAACUGCCAGUGGCUCGCCCUCCGCGCCGAGGUCACCUCCGAGUCGGAGCCCCAGCACAAGGUCCUCGCCGUGACGCAGACGUCCAAGGACAUCAAGUUCUCGGUGCGCAUCCCGCCGGAGCGCCUCGACGAUGAGACCCCGCGCCCCCCGCUGUGGUGCGAGCUGUACUACGACCCGGCCAGCGACAACCAGAUCCUGCUGAACAGGUCAGAAGUCCCCAUCUCUCUCACGAGAAUAUCCGACGGCCCUACCGCCAGCGCCAGUUGGACCGUAAAUCCCGGAUCCCCCAAGGCCCUCUCACCAGGGACGUGGCGGAUCAAUGUUCGAGACGUUUCGGUUCUCGACUUUAGAGUAUUAGAGAAACGGCCCGCGUUCUUCAGGCAGGAUUCCGAUCUCAAGGACGAGGACGAGAUGGACCUGGGGUCGAGCUCCGACGCGCUCAACGCCUCCGGCAAGCGCUCCUUCACCGCACACGCGAGCCAGCCCAGAACCGAGAAGAAACCCCGCACCACCGACGAAGUCGCCGCCGCCGCCGCCGUCAAGAAGGAGGAGAAGGACGACGGCGUCAUCAUGUUCCUCCGCCCGGCGGCCAAACCCCUCGUCUUCCCCCUCCCCACCGAGGCCAAGAGCCGCGAGGUCGUCGCCGCCAACGGCCACGCCCUCCUCGACAUGCAGGCCCAGGACACCGUCGUGAUCCCCGGAGGCUGCGAGAUCGACGAGUACACCGUGACGAAGCGCGACCAGAUCGCCUCCACGGCCCUCUCCUCCGUCUUCACCGCCGAGCACUCCAACGUCCCCGACGGCAUCGUCACCGUCAAAGUCCUCAAGACCCGCUCCGCUGCCGCCAACCACCAGGCCAACAAGCACCACCAGGACAACAACGAGCGCAGCGUCAUCCGCCAGGCCGACAUGUGGCUCCGCGAGUACCAGUCCCAGGACGACCUCCGCCACAAGUCCAUCGUCAAGCUCUACGGCGGCGACGCCCGCUACCUCUCCCUCUACAUGGAGCACGUCGACGCCAAGGACCUCUCCGCCAAGGGCGUCUGGCGCAACCACGCCGACCACAGCUUCACCGGCACGAAAGCCGACGCCUUCACCAUCCUCCGCGACAUCGCCGGCGCCCUGCACUACCUGCACUCCAAGUCCCUCGUCCACAACGACAUCAAGCCCGCCAACAUCCUCUACUCGCCCACCCGCGGCGCCGUCCUCUGCGACUUCGGCCUCUCCACCCACGCCAGCGGGCCCGUCACCACCGGCGGCACGCCCUACUACAUCCCGCCCGAGUUCAUCGGCAGGAAGCUCCGCGGCCCGCCCUCGGACGUCUGGGCCCUCGGCGUCACCAUGCUCUACGUCCUCGGCAAGAUCCCCUUCCCGGACGCCCGCUCCCGCAAAGGGCCGCGGCCGCUGUACUGGAUGAUCGCCGACGUGAACCGGCCGAUGCCGCCGGCGGCGAGCCAGCGCGGGCCGUGCGGCGCCGUCGACAUGAUGUACAUCUGGCUCAGCGAGGUCGCGCAGGCGCGGGAGAAGCUGUACCCGCGCGACAAGAUCGAGAGGUUGGUGUCUGAUAUGUUGAUACCCCUGCCGAACCAGCGCAUCACGAUGACGCGGGUCAUGAGGGAGCUGUUCUCCGUGGAGCAGUCCGCUCUGAAGAGGGCCAAAUGA